AUGUAUAUUCGCAACAUUCUGAUCUCUGGCCUAGCGGCUGCCAGCACAGUCCAAGCCUACAACAAUGACACAUUUGGUGAAGACGAGAAGUGGAUAGUAGCAGAUCCUCCUCCCGUACAAAAGCGACAAUUCAUCAACAUCUUCGGCCUACUCAGCAACAUCUUCGGUGGCGGUGGCGGCAACAAAGAUGAUCCAAGCGAAUGCCCUGCCAUCUGGACCCAAAUAUCCGCCACUCUCACCCAACAAUUCUCCGCAAACGGCGAAUGCACAGAUGCUGCUCGCGCCGCCAUCCGAGCUGCUUUCCACGACUGCUUCCCAGGAGCCUGUGACGGCUCUCUCAUCCUAGCCAACGAAUGCGCACAAGCCCCCAGCCGCGGCCUCCAACGCUUCUGCAGCAACCUCGCAGGCGUAGCCUCGCAAACCAACGUCGGCGUCGGCGAUCUCAUCCAGUUCGCCGCCGCACACGCCGUCAAGACAUGUCCUGAAGGUCCCACCGUCCCCAUCCGAAUCGGGCGCCAGGAUUCCAGCCGCGAAAACGACUGGAGAAUACUACCGCGAGGUGAUGCCAGAGGAAACGAUGUCGUCAGGUUAUUCACCUCCAGAGGUUUUACCCCCGUCGAUCUCGCCGCCCUCCUCGGCGCCCACUCAACUGCCAAACAGCAAUUCGUCGACCCCUCUCAAGCCGGUGCUGCUCUUGACUCUACCCCAGGCGUCUGGGACAUCAAGUACUACACCGAAACACUUCGUGGAAACGCGCCUUUUACUCUCCCAGCCGACAGAAAUGUUGCGAGGAACCCGGCGACGGCGCUGGCUUUUGCAAGUUUUGGCGUUAGUAAGAAGGCGUGGGAUGAUGCGUUUGUUGUGGCGAUGGUUAAGAUGGGGAUGAUGGGUGUGACGGGUCGGAAUAUGAUUGAUUGUACGAGUGCGUUGCCGAAAACGAGUGCUGCUAAGAGGGAGGUUAAGGAGAAGAGGGUUUCGGGGAGGUUUACGUGGUAG